CUCACCAUGACGGAGGAAGCAUGCCGGACACGGAGUCAGAAACGAGCCUUAGAACGUGAGGUAACGCACAACGAUGUGGACAGUAAAAAAAUAAAAAUGGAGAAAGGACUGUUAGCAACAGAUCUAAAUGCUGAAGGCGACAUGAAGAUAAAAACCGAUCCCGGAGCUGGAAAAGUACAAGGAUUGUUAAAAAGUGGAGAGGUGAAAGCGACUAUUAAAGUGGAGGUUCAGACGGGAGAUGAGCCUGUGGACAUGAGCACCUCAAAAAGUGAAGUCAAGAGAGAAAAGAGAGUCCCCUCGCCAGACGUUAUAGUGUUAUCCGACAACGAGCCCUCCAGCCCCAGGAUGAAUGGUUUGACAAAAAUAGCCUUGAAAGAGACCAACACGGAGGCGCUCAUGAAAAGCAGUCCGGAGGAACGGGAGAGAAUGAUAAAACAACUAAAAGAAGAGUUACGGUUAGAAGAAGCAAAACUUGUUUUACUGAAAAAGUUACGGCAAAGUCAAAUCCAGAAGGAGACCACUACUCAGAAGACCUCUUCUACACGUAUACCAGGCACUGUUAUUCCCCCUCCCUUGGUCCGUGGAGGGCAGCAGACAUCUUCAAAAUUAGGAACUCAGCAAAACACGCAGAUAGUAAUGCCACCUCUUGUCAGAGGAGCACAGCAAAUCCACAACAUCCGACAGCACUCCAGCACGGGGCCGCCUCCGCUGCUGCUGGCACCGCGGGCAUCGGUCCCCAGCGUACAAAUUCAGGGACAGCGAAUUAUCCAGCAGGGCCUGAUCCGCGUCGCCAACGUCCCCAACACCAGCCUGCUUGUCAACAUCCCGCAGGCAUCACCAGCUUCCAUCAAAGGUACCACCGUGACGUCCGCUCAGGCCAACGCCACCACCACCAGCGCCGCUUCCAUCGUCAACUCCAACGACUCGCCGGCCAGCCGGCAAGCCGCCGCCAAGCUCGCCUUGCGCAAGCAGCUGGAGAAGACGCUGCUGGAGAUCCCUCCUCCCAAGCCACCUGCUCCAGAGAUGAACUUCCUGCCAAGCGCAGCCAAUAACGAAUUUAUUUACUUAGUCGGAUUGGAAGAAGUUGUGCAGAAUUUGCUGGAAACUCAAGGUAAAGUUUCGGUCGCCGUAUCGUCUCGCGAGCCCUACAUGUGUGCUCAGUGUAAGACUGACUUCACCUGCCGCUGGAGGGAGGAGAAGAACGGAACCAUUAUGUGUGAAACCUGCAUGACAUCGAAUCAGAAAAAGGCCUUGAAAGCUGAGCACACGAACCGACUGAAGGCUGCCUUCGUGAAAGCUCUGCAGCAGGAGCAGGAGAUCGAGCAGAGGAUACUGCAGCAGACGGCGUCUCCCGUCCAGACCAAGUCAGACCCUAUCGGGCAGCACCACUCGCUCAAGCAGACUUCUAGCCAGAUGUCUCGAGGUCCUGGGGCUCCGCGAGGCGUGCUGCAUGCAUUUAGCCAGUCCCCCAAGUUGCAGAAUGCCUCGUCUGCAGCAGCACUUGGGAGCAGGCCAGGUAAGCAUGCUGAGAGACCUGUCAGCAAGGGCAGCGCUGCCGCCUGGAAGAAGACUCCCAUCAACACAGGUGGGGCUUUACCUUUUGUUAAUCCUAGUUUAGCUGUGCACAAGUCAUCUUCAGCAGUAGACCGCCAGCGUGAAUAUCUCCUGGAUAUGAUUCCCCCACGGUCCAUCCCACAGUCCGCCACGUGGAAAUAAUGCAGAGGAACGCCCGAGAGGAAGACUUUCCUGUUUCUGCCAUCCUUUUUAUACCACAUUACAGUGGAAUCUGCUUUAAUCCCAGCUGGAAACGCCCCAGGCUUUAUAGGAUGCAAGAAGACCACUCCUCAUCCCAUCGAGUGCUGCUGUCCCUGCUACGAGAAAAUGACACCACGUGGGUGGGAAAGACUUAAGCUCAUUUGGUUCUCAGAUUCUUAUGAUUGACUGAUGAUGAAGGCUGUCAGGGAAGGGGAAGAAUUCUUAAUAUUUUUUUUUUUUUUUUGGCUUUUAUGUCUUUAGUUUGGAGGUUUUUUUUUUGUCACCAGCACAAAAGGAGGACUGAGCGACUCUCUGCCUUCGGUUUCUUUAUGACUAACCACCCAUUCUCCAGGAACGCGGUGUUCGCUCGCGAUCCAGCGGGGAUGUCAGUUCAAGGAAUCUCCACCCGGUCUUGCAGAUGCAUUUAGUGAGCCGAGUUCGUGUUUGCUUUUCUUCCCUGCCCCUCCUCCAGCCAGGAAGGCAGUCUACAGAUUAUAAUGUUCCCAAAUCUUCUUCUGAUGAGCUAAUGAUAAAUAAGUGCAAACUCAAAUUCC